UCCUCUUUGUUCUGCAGAGAGAGAGGGAGAGAGAGCUGAAAAUGAUACUGGGUUCGAAUCUCCGAACGAUUCGACGGCAGUUCUUCUCUUUCUCCUCCUCUGUUUUGCUAAAAGUUAAUUGUUCUACGUCUUCUAUAAUCGACACCAGUCGUUGCGCGUAUCGAACUAACUAUAGCAAUGAGAUUGAGCCGUGUUCUUCUUCAUUUGUGACCGCUGCGCACGCGCUCAGGAAUAGCAGAACUGCAGUCCGGAGACCCAGGCCACGAUGGGUUCGAGCUCGGCAGCAGCUAAGCAAGAUGGCGGUGGACACGGAUACGGAUGCGUACUCGGCAAUAGAGCUGGCAUUGGACUCGGUGGUCAAGAUCUUCACGGUGUCCAGCAGCCCCAACUACACCCUCCCUUGGCAGAACAAGUCCCAGCGCGAGUCCAUGGGUUCCGGGUUUGUAAUCCCUGGGAGAAAAAUUCUUACGAAUGCUCAUGUAGUGGCUGAUUACACGUUUGUGCUCGUAAGAAAGCACGGCUCUCCUACCAAGUAUAGAGCAGAAGUACAAGCUGUUGGUCAUGAGUGUGACUUAGCUAUUCUGGUUGUUGAAAGUGAAGAGUUCUGGGAGGGUAUGACCUUUUUGGAACUAGGAGACAUCCCUUUUCUACAGGAAGCUGUUGCGGUUGUUGGAUAUCCUCAAGGUGGGGACAACAUUUCUGUUACUAAAGGUGUUGUUUCCCGGGUUGAACCCACACAAUAUGUACAUGGUGCAACCCAGCUGAUGGCAAUACAGAUUGAUGCAGCCAUCAAUCCAGGGAAUAGUGGCGGUCCCGCAAUCAUGGGCAAUAAGGUUGCUGGCGUAGCUUUUCAAAACCUUUCAGGUGCAGAGAAUAUUGGUUAUAUUAUUCCUGUUCCAGUAAUAAAGCAUUUUCUUUCUGGCGUGGAACAAAGUGGAAAAUAUGUUGGGUUCUGUUCUCUGGGUUUAUUGUGCCAGCCUACUGAAAAUGUACAGCUUCGAAACCACUUUAAAAUGCGCCCUGAAAUGACUGGGGUUCUUGUGAGCAAAAUUAACCCUCUUUCAGAUGCCUACAAAAUCCUGAAAAAAGAUGAUAUUAUCCUCGCAUUUGAUGGUGUGCCUAUAGCAAAUGAUGGAACAGUUCCUUUCCGAAACAGAGAGCGGAUAACAUUCGAUUAUCUAGUGUCGAUGAAGAAACCUGGUGAAACAGCAGCAGUUAAAGUCCUGAGAGACGGUGAAGAAUCUGAAUUUAGUAUCACCCUUCGACCUUUGCAGCCAUUGGUACCUGUUCAUCAAUUUGAUAAACUCCCAAGUUAUUAUAUAUUUGCUGGUCUGGUCUUUGUCCCGCUUACUCAGCCUUACCUUCAUGAGUAUGGUGAAGACUGGUAUAAUACCUCUCCACGUCGGUUGUGUGAACGUGCACUCAGGGAAUUGCCAAAAAAGGCUGGUGAACAGCUUGUCAUCCUUUCUCAGGUGCUGAUGGAUGAUAUCAAUGCAGGAUAUGAACGUCUUGCUGAGUUACAGGUCAAGAAAGUCAACGGGGUAGAAAUUGAAAACCUGAAACAUUUUUGUCGGCUUGUGGAUAGUUGUAGGGAAGAGAGCGUGAGGCUUGAUUUGGAUGAUGAAAGGGUCAUUGUAUUGAACUAUCAAAAAGCAAAGAUUGCCACCUCUUCAAUUUUGAAGCGCCACAGAAUACCUUCUUCAAAGUCCAGUGAUCUUAUUGACGAAGAUAACAGCUUGGAACUGGGGUUGGCCUGCUCAAGCUGAGUAAACCAUUUUGGCAAGUGGGAUGACCAAGCAAUCCAGCUGGCCUACCUGGCUGAAUCUUCUUCAGACAUUCUUAACAAAUUGAAAAGCCAGCUAUUUAGUUAGCCUUCGACUUUAUAGUUUUUAUAUAGCAUUUUUCAAAGGGAGAGAAUAGGAUGUAAGGGGUAGUGAGCUCAGCUCCUUUUUCCAAUGUAUAAGUUUACUCUGGAUAUAGUGAUAUCUAUAUCCCUUGACAAUUUUUGAAAAUUUCGGAUAGGGAUAGGCAGUACAGAAAACUUGAAUUGGUCAAAAGUAACCAGAGGUUUUUUCGGUUGAGAAUA